AUGAUCAAGCUACCCCAACUCCUCGAGACCGUACCCGAUCUGCGUCACGCGAUGUAUGCUGAUGACAUCACGCUCUGGACCAGAGCUACGAACGUUGGAAGGCAAGAAAGUAGCUUACAAGAACCCGUAGACACCAUCGAAAGCUAUCUCCGAAACUGCGGCCUCCGCUACGCCCCAGAAAAGUCUAAGCACCUCGUCCUAAAAGCAAGAACGAGAGGCCGGCCACCCAACUACGAAGAGCCCGACCACAGCGUCACCCUCAAUGGGACAACAAUUCCGAAAGUCGACGUCAUGCGAAUACUUGGACUCCACAUCCACAAAGACGAAUCGGGAGCUGCCAGCCUACCAAGACUAGAACGCGCCCUUUCGCAACUCACACAACUAGUCAAAAGAAUCUCAAGCCAAAGAAGCGGGCUCAAGGAGCAAGACACGCUAAGAAUAAUACAAGCACUGCUCACCAGCCGCAUCACAUACGGUACGCAGUACCUGGCUUUGAACAACGCUGAAAUAGAAAAGCUCACCAUCAUGAUAAGAAAGGCAAUCAAAGUCACCCUGGGACUCCCCGCCAUGGCCUCUACUUCACGUCUCCUUAAGAUGGGCGUCCACAACACGUGGCAAGAGUUCGCCGAAGUGCACAAGAACAGCCAGCUGGAAUGA